AUGUACGUACACCAGUCAGCCUCCAUAGCGAUAUCUUCCUCCUCCAUUUCCGUGGAGCUUGCGAAGCAACUGCAGCAGCAACAGCAGCUCACCAGCGGCAGCAGCAGCAGCAUCAAUCGACUCACCACGAGGCAAUCUUUGGGCUUUCUUCUCGAGGGCCAUCCAACAUCCCUACCAAACAGGUUCUCUUGCAGCCAAACUUGCUCCUUAACUAACCUCAGCAGCAGCAGUAACAGUAGCAGCAGCAACACCAGCGUGUUCGCUAGGGUGGUUCCCAGCAGGUAUUCCCAGGGCAGUGUUCGCUACGAGAGAACGACGCAGCGACAGCAGCAGCUGAAACUGCAGCAGCAACAGCUGUUGCAAAGGCCAGCUUCUUCAAGGGCAACUCCACUGCAGCCAAUUUACGCGCCGCUGCAGCAGUCGCUGCUUCGGACAGGACAGCAGCAGCAUCAGCAUCAGCAGCAGCAGCACUCCCUACAGUGUCAUCUCCCUAAAGAGGUUCAACAAAAGGUACAUGGCUGCCAGCAGCAGCACCUGCAACAGCAGCCGCAGCAGCAGCAGAGGCGAAAGUGCCAGCAGCAGCAGCAGCAGCAGACGCAGCAAAAGCAGGAACAACACGUUUACUACAACCCUGCGUACUCAAUACAGCAGCAGCAGCAGCAGCAGAAGAAGAAAGCUGCUGCCCACUCCUUUACCUUGGGCCGCCAAAGAGCAGCUCACAAGCCUCGGCAGGUUCAAAUUGCUUUCAGUUCUGCUGCAGCGGAGCAGCAGCAGCAGCAGCAGCAAAUGGCUCCCUUAUCCGCUCCAGGUAAUUCCACUUGUCUCCUGUCUGACGGGCCUUCCCUCUCAUUGAGGGAGCAGCACGUACAGCGGCACCAUGAUCUGCAGCAGCGACUGCAGCAGCACCACCAACACGAGCAGCAGCAGCAGCGGCAGCAGCAGCAGCGGCAGCAGCAACACUAUACCGCACAGACUGUAGCGUCAUCUCGCAAGGAGCAACCGCAGACCCUGUCGGCUGCUGCUUCCAGCAGCCGCACUACCAACGCUCCACCCUCCAGCAGCAGUACCAGCGGGAACAGCAGCAAGCUGCGACAGUUCACCAACUGGCUGGACGUGACCCUCAACAGCGCCUGUGCCCGUCGCCGCGCUCUGCGUCAGUGCUUCUGCAGUUCGACGAUAUCGGCGGAAGCCCUGCAAAAUCACCCUGCUUCUUUACUGGGCACGACAGUCUACAGCUCUUCACUGCUGACACUGUCGGGUGGCAGCAGAAAAGAGGAAGAGAAAUCGCUGGAGGCAGCAGAGGACGAAUAUUUUUGUCUAACACGACUGAUUCAAAGUGCAAUAUUUGGUGCUGUCUUUGCUGCUGUAGCGCACUCCCACCCAGACCCAACAACCAGCAGCCGCAAUAACAACAACAGCUGCAGCAGCAACAGCAGUGGGAGUGGGAGCACCAGAAAACGCAGCAGCAAAGUGGCAGUUAAGGUGCUGUCUCUUGCCCUCUUUCAACGCAGCAGCCCUUCUUUGCAAGAAGAUUUUCUGUCCGAAGUUACCUUCUACGAUUGUCUUAAAGGGCAUGCCAAUAUCGUUACACCCACUCGGGUGUAUGUUGACCUCCAGCAGCAGCUGCUGCUCCUCCUCUUUCCCCUCGCUGAAUUUGAGGACCUCUUUGAGGUUUUAAAAAAGCGAAAAGAAGCAUUUAAAGAACCAGAAGUGCGCUGGAUGGCUCGCCAGCUCCUAGAUGCAGUUUUGUUUCUGCACAGGAGGGGCAUCGCAAUGCGAGAUUUGUCCCUCGAAAAUGUAUUGGUCUUCCGCUGCGAAGCCACCGGCGCCAUCGUCCCAUGUUUGACGGACCCUGGGCAGGCUGUGGUUGCGCUGCCUUCUCGCACAGCUGCUGCUCUUGCUGCAGCAGAGCAGCAGCAGCAGCAGCAAGAACAGGAUACUCUGGAGAGCUCUAAGCCCACGGCUAUUCGAGAUACAGACAGCAUCGUCUCGAGGGCAAUGAAAUCAGACAGCUUCAGUUCUCCCCAUGUUUUGCUCCCUCCCAACAAACUCUUUGGAAAGAGCUUUAGACCCCCGGAGGUGUAUACACGCAAACCGUACGACCCCUUCAAAGUAGAUAGCUUCUGUCUCGGAUGGAUGCUGUACUACUGCCUGACAAAACAGCAGCUCUUCAGAAGAGCGCAGGCAACCGACGAGGGGUGGGUGAUGCUGGCUUCGGAGCAGCAGCAGCAGUUGCGCGAGUUGCUGCAGCAGAAGAACGGCAGCAAACUCUCUCCUGCUGCUGUAGACUUCGUGUUGCAGCUCCUCAGGCCAGACCCAAACAAGCGACUGUCUAUCUUAGAAGCCCUCAGACAUCCAUUUAUUGCGAAGGGCCCUGUCUCUGCAGUGUAUGCAAACACCCUGCUGCCACCGCCACCGCCGCCGCAGCAGCAGCAGCAGCAGAAGAAGGGGCAACAGCAUCACACCGCAGCAACACCAGCAGCAAUAACAACAACACAACAGCAAACAGAAAUAGAUGCAAAACGAUUGCAGCAGGAGCAGCAGAUGUACAAGCAACAGCAACAACACCAGCAGCAGCUAGCCAAUUCCAGAUUCCAACAGCAAAAGGCGCAUGCGCUGCAGCAGCAAAGAAUGCAGGCAUAUCAAAGGCAACAGCAGCAGCAGUUGCAGCAGCAGCAGUUGCAGCGGGCGGGAACGGCUACCAACGCAGAUAUUUGGACGGAGAUGCGCCCCGAGCAGCAAGAAUCUCACAAAUAUGACGGCUACCAGCAAGCAACAGAUCAUCAUCUGCUGCUGCAGCAUCAGCAGCUGCAACAGCCCCGUCGUGCUUCAUUAAACGUUCCCACCCAGAAUCUACAAAAGUCUCAGCAGCAACGGCAACAGCCACUACAGCAGCAGCAGCAGCCACCUUCGCCUCAGCAGCAGUCGCAACAGCAGCAGCAACAGAAACAGCAGAAGCAGAAACAUUCUCCAUGUCCUUGCUGCUGUACCUCGUCUGAGGAUGAAAGGAGCACAGACACCUCUGCAGCACGCACUCCCUACGGCAGCACUGAUGGUGGAAAGCGGCAGUUACCGCUCCUGCUGCAGCAGCAGCAACAGCAGCCGCAGCAGCAACUGAGCUACAUAGGACCGUGUCUUAUUCCCCCAAGUCUUGCUGAGCUCCAAGAGGGUUCAGUGGGGACUCGAGAUGCAACAGCAACAGCUGUGGGAGUUGCAGCACGAGCUGCGGCAACAGCCGCCGCAGCAGCAACAACAACGCCAUCGAGCUGUCUCUCAAAUGAGUCUCCUUCCGUUUCUCUGCAGAGCUUCAGCAGUCCCGCGCUCUCUUCUGCCAGCACAGCUGUGAACACCAGCAGCAGCACCAACAGGAUGCGGUGCUCUGGUUCUCUGCAGCAACAGCCAAAGAGCUGCAACAGCAAGCAAAGCAUCGGUGCUGGAGCUGCUGUAGCUGCUGCAGCACAGCUUCCCGUUGCCCCUCGGCACGGAAGCAGCAUUAAAGGGUUCCUAUCUAAGAGCAGUAUAAGCAGCACCACUAGCAGCACAACAACAAGCAGCUCGACAACCAGCAGCAACAGCAGCAGCGGCAUGCAUAAUGUUCGUAGUGCAUUGAGUGUGCUCCGGGUGGGCGGCCGUCUAGGCAAGGUGUUGAGCUCCCGAGGCAGCAGUCUCUUUGGAAGCAACAGCAGCAGGAACAGCAGCAGCGCAGCAGCAGCGAAGCUCCCCACACCGCCACCAAUACAAGGGAUGCACCACUGA